CAGUCUUGACACGAGCAGCAAAUGUUAAUUCGAAGUUUUUGUAGCACUUAACAAUGAAGCGUUAUCUCCUCUUCUGUCUUUUCAUAUUAACCUUCUUUUCGGUUAUUCUCUACAGGAUCUCUACCAGGACAGCGAUUACGAUGCCGAAUGGCAUUUGGCCCUGGAUACUAACAAAAACCCAGGAGUACUGUGGUGCCUCUUCGCUCGCGCGCACAGCUGCCACAGCUUCCCUCCCGGUAAUGUUUAUGGAGACCACAGAAACGCUCACCCCGCAUGCGCUUGCCAUUUGCUCAGUAGAAUCGACUGCUCGCAUCUACCAGGACCGACCCGUGCAGUUCUACUUACGGGGCUUCAAAAACCGAAGCUGUCUGCAAAGCGAGACUGAGUGCCCUGGGCUAAGAGUCCUCACUGACUUCCCAAACGUGCAGCUUAUCCAUUUAAAUCCAAAGGAGGUUCUGAAAGGGACCCCACUUGCGACCUGGUACAACGAGGACAAAGUUUAUAAAGCAGGCCAGUGGAUUCGGAUCACUUCAGACGCUUACAGGCUGGCACUGAUGUGGAAAACUGGUGGGCUUUAUUUUGAUACAGAUGUCAUCAUCACUAAGAAAGUACCUAUAAAAGAUUUUGUAGUUUGUGAAGAAGAUAAUUCUGUUGCUACUGCAGCUUUUGGAUUUCCUCAGCAGCAUCCAUACAUCAUGGACCUCAUGGUGGAUUUUAUUCUGAACUAUAAUCCUGACAUAUGGGGACAACAGGGUCCUCGCUUAUUUACUCGUAUUAUGAAGAAAUCAUGUCCCCUUCCACACUUUGGCAAGGUACAAGAUUUUCCAUGUGAUGCCCUGAAUGUAACAAUCAUGCACCCAGUCCGUUUUUACCCAAUUCACUGGUCAGAGUGGGGAAAAUAUUUGGAAGUCUGGAAAGAAAUUCCAGCUUUUGAAAAUUCAUAUGGAUUGCAUUUCUGGUUUCACAUGAGUGGGAAUGACAAGAGAGCAGUUGUAUUAGGAAGCAACACUUUGGAGGAAAAUUUAUUUAUCAAAUACUGUCCAAAUACUUAUGCUGCCCUUAUAAAGAAAGUGAAAGUUUAACACUGACUGAAUAGUAUGCAUACUUUUCACGGAAUUAAGGACCCAUUGGGGAACCAAAUAUGUUUUUUUUAUAGAACAGUUAUCAGAGUUAAAAGAAUAGCACUCGCACACAGGUCUUGUAAAGGUGAACUUUUUAUGCACAACUGUUUGAUCUCUACACAGUUCACAGAUGUAUCUUUUUUUGAUUACUUAUUAAUUUUAAUACAAAAAGUCUCUACUGAGUAGGAUAAUAUCAUAGAAAUGACUAGGAAGGGUUACAUGUCACUGGUAUGCAAACAGGGCAAGAGCUGUGUAUAUUGACAGAAACACUCGUAUGCAAGCAAAUCAUUGUGCUGAAAAAAAAACACAAGAAAAGAAACACUGAGCAAAAGUCAUUCAUUUAAAUAAAAUGCACAGAAAGACAAAACUUA